AUGGUCAGUCCUCGCUCCGGGCGACCCGUCCAGACCGCGUCCAUGAUCCAUGACGGCGCAUCCAACUCAUCCACUCUGUGACCCAUCGACAGGCUUCUUCCUCGAGCUCGAAAAGGCCAGCCACCACUCCUGAAGAAUGGAACAACCGUCUCGCCGCCGUCGACGUCUCCAAAGAGUGAGUCCCUUCCUCUCUCGCAAACGAAAAGAGCUUCCUCCCACACCCCUCCUCGACUCGCUCCAUGGCCCCGACUACCGACGCUUGUCCUUGGAAUGAUGAGAACUUCUGUGGGAAUCUCUCCUAGCGUGCCAAUUACACGUCCACGAGGAAACUUUACAUAACACACCUCUGAUCACCGACUCGACCCCCGCGCCGCACGGCUGCCUCCUUCGCAACCUCGACUUGCCCCGGUGGCCUUGACCCCCAGCAUUCAUGAACUGACCCCGUAGCAUCCCCUUUUCCCUCAUCUACCGCUUCACGAACCGCCUCUCAGUGAUCUCAACUCGAUCAUCUCCGACUACCUCUUCACCGAAGGGUACCUCGAUGCGGCCACGCACUUUUCUCGCGAGGCCAACAUCUCCCCUCCGAUCGACCUCGACAGUAUCGAAUCGCGCAUGGAGAUACGUCGUGCCGUGCAGAGGGGCGAUGUGAGAGAAGCGACCGAGUUGGUCAACAACUUGGACCCAGAGGUGAGCUCCGCUUCCCCUUUUUCCUGUGCCCGUUCCCGUUCCGUCGCGGAGGGCCCACCACCAGAUUCGUCGUCGAGCAAAGAUUAUACUGUACUAUGCACCACUCUCAGAGUAGGUCCGCAGGUUGUAAUGACCCUCGGACCACGCUCGAAGAUGAUAAUAGGACAACCAAACCAAGUCAACAAUGAGCUCAAUCGAUUGCUGUUCACCCCAUCGGCACCACAACGGAUCGCUCUGCUUGCUUGAGAACACGAGUGCUGACUUGGGAUUGUCCCUACACGCUACGGGUUCCUCUCAGCUCCUCGACACGAACCCUGCACUGCACUUCCACCUACUGCAACUGCAGCUGAUCGAGUUGAUUCGACAAGGCGAGAUCGAAGAGGCGCUCACCUUUGCUCAAUCCGAGCUCGCACCUCGAGGUGAGGAAUCACCGCAGUUCCUCAAGGAGCUCGAAAGGACCAUGGCGUUGCUGGCCUUUGAGAUGCCUUCCCUGCUCGCUGCGACGGAGCCUUCCACGAAUUCGGCUCCGGCUGCAUCCGCUCCUCGCGCUUCGAGCGGCGGUGCUGGAAAGAAGAGUCGCAAGAGUGGUGCAGGAGGGGAAGGAUCAGGCCUCACGACCGAAGAUACCUCCAUCGCCAUGCCCUCCAGUAUCUCGUCCCUGCUGGACCAAUCCCAACGCCUCGAAACAGCCAGCGAACUUAACGCCGCGAUCCUAACCAGUCAAUCUCAUAGUAAGGAUCCUAAACUGCCGGGGUUGAUGAAGAUGUUGGUCUGGGGGGAGACGUUGUUGAAUGAGCGGAACGUGGAUUAUCCCAAGUGGUCGUUUCAUGAUCUGUUGAGGGAGCAAGGCGAGGGCGCGGAGGGGAGGGACGCGGACGCGAUGGACCUGUGA